CGGGUAAAGAGACAUUUUCUCAUAGCUAAAAGCCGAGACAUCUAACGGGCCGAGGUGAUGGUCCAAUAACUGAACUGCCCGUACGCUUUUGGGAUCCUGCUGAAUUUGUCUACGACCGACGAGACGAACGAGUUGGCAUCAGCUGUUUGUCGUGUUCUCCACCAACGCCGCCACUACCAUCAAUUUCACAGACAACAUACGCAAGGAGCUGCUGAUGAUCAUAAACCAUGGCUGGAAGACAACAGAACUCCUUCUUGUCCAGUAUGGUCAACGAAUUGAAGCAAAAGACGAGCAGCAUGAAUCAGACGAGCAGUGAACAUGAGCAGCAAAUGUCGUCGUCAUCAUCCAGCAUUCGGACGUCCGUCACUUCUAGUUCGGCUUCGUAUUCGACUGCCACCGUCGAAGGACAAAAUUUGGCCGAGAUCUACGCAACUCUACAAGAACAGUUCACGGGAAGUAGCAGCUGCAUUUCUCAGUCGACAACUACCCAAUACGUCUCCAGCCACCUGGAUUUAGGAAUUGGAGAGGAUGAAGAAUCCACUGCUCUGCUGGACAAUAGUGCAGCCAAGCACAAGAUGGCCGUUCGACCACAACGCAAAAGGCGUUCGGAAUCUCGGCAGAGAGAUGGUAAUCAAGGAGAUGGCGACUCCGUGGCUGUUUCAUCAGAAACCAACUACAGCCAGAACGAUAUCCAAAUUGGGAGCACCGUAAAGAAAGUCAAACCAUCUGCUGACGAAGAAGAUCAAGCGGCAGCUGAGGCCAAGCAAAAGGGCUAUCGAAGGACUCGUUCCGGCAAGCAUCUGGUGGCCGUUGAUCCCGUAGCUAAACGAGAGGCUGUUGUGAAGGAGCUGGUGGAGACAGAGGAAGAAUUUGUGACCGACAUGGAACACGUAGUUAACGUUUACUACCGCCAGAUGGAUCAUCCAUCCACACCGAGGAAGGUCAGCGACCAACGGGACGCCCUUUUUGGUCCUUUCAAACAAAUUCAGGAAUUUCACAAAAGUGUUCUCCUGGAAGGUCUUAAGUAUUACGCCAAUGAACCUCAAAAACUUGGCAGGACUUUUCUCCGCUUGGAACGAGAUUUUGAUAAACACGCCCAGUAUUACGGCGAUGAACCGAAAUCCCAGGAACUUUUACGCGAAGACAAACACUUGAGGGAUUUCUUUGAGGAGUACAGUCAUCGUAUUGGCGACAACAAACGACUGAGCGAGUACUUGAAAUUGCCUAUUCAACGUAUCAACGAUUUUCAAGUCCUCCUCCAGGAUUUGAUUUCGCAUUCGCGUGAACUGCGUGAAGACACAAAGGAUUUGCAAAAGGCGCAUGAGUUUAUGCUGGCAUUGCCACAACGGCUGAGCGACUCCAAAUUCAUUGAGAACCUCUCCGGAUACAAGGGCAAUAUCCAUAAACUAGGACGCCUCCUACGACACAGCUGGUGGACGGUGACAGACAGCCGCGGUCGCGCCAGAGAACGUUACCUGUUUCUCUUUAAAGCCCGCAUUUUAGUGACGAAAGUCAGACGAGUCACCGACGAUCGCAAUCUUUUCCUCCUCAAGGAUAUCAUCCGGCUGCCAGACGUUGAAGUGAAAGUUCGCCAAGGCGAAGGAGACUCCUGCAGUUUCGAUUUGGUUCAUUCGGAUCCGCGCUUCGUCCGCUAUCCACUUAAUUUACGCUGCACAGCAGGUCAAUCUAUUCACGACGAUUGGUUGCGAGAAAUUCGCAGCUACGCCGCACACGCAAUCGCUCUACAAGAACACGUCGAGGACGAUUUGCAAGUGGACGGUCCAGGUGAAACAGACAACGAAGCUGACGAUCCCGUUCCAGCUCCUCCGACGCGACCCACCCAUUUGCUGAAACCGGUCACGACAGCCUCGUCUGAUUCUGCCGGCCCACAGGAUUCAGCGCAGAUCGCCAAAAAGAUCAAAGACCUUAUUCAUCUGAAAGCAAUUUCUCCGUCCGUCCCGCAGCCGAUAUCGCUGCAAUCGCCUGUAGCAGAAAAGGCUUCUCCAGGAGAAACUGAACUCCAUCGUUCAGAUUCUGUUGACUCUGUUCAACGAGGAAGCGUUUCCGUCCGAUCAGCGUCACAGGCCUCCUUGUCCGAAUAUCAAUCGUUGGCAUCGCUUCGUGAAAGUGAUCCGCCAAGCGACGCAAGCGACGCCACUCUCUUCGCAUCGAUGGCCGAUGGCAUACCGGAGAUGGCGGCCGAGCCGCUGCCUGGCCGGCCCCGUUUCUCUCGCACCAUUCGUGGAAACUUUUGCGAACCCGGUGAGAAAGCAACUUUUGACUGCGCCCUCGAGGUUGACGCGCCAGCUCAGGUGACUUGGCUGCGUAACAACAAGCCACUGGACGACCGUUUUGCCGAUCGCAUCCAGACCGUUUCCAAGGGCAGGAAACACAGUCUUCAGAUGAUGAACUGUCGACUCGAUGACAGCGGCCUCUACACUGUUGUGGCUGCUAACGAAGACGGAUCAGCUACGUGCUCGGCUUCUUUAGUCGUUCAAGUUCUGACACCAGAGGAGCGCGAGACAAUGGCCCAACAGAAAUGCCCCGUCUUUCUCGUCGUAUUGCACGACACGGAACUGAUCGAGGGAACAUCUGUUCGUUUCAUGGUCAAAGUCAAAGGCGAACCUAUCCCGUCCAUCGAAUUCCGCAAGGAUGGCAAGAAAAUGGUGGAAUCUGACCGUAUCAAAGUCAUCAGUGAGCAGUCGGCCACUGGAUUCUACGAGCUGGUCAUCUGUCAAGUAACCCAAGCUGACGCCGGCGAGUACACAUGCAAAGCGCUUAAUCGUUUUGGAGAGGCUAUGUCUACGGCUAAAGUCACCGUUACAAGUGAGAAUGCUGUUUUUGAUCUUCUGGGCAACCAGGGUUUACUAGCCCCCGGCGAAAAACCAGAAUUUCAGUGGUACAAGGACGGCGCUGCUUACGAUCCCGAGGAAAGAUUCAAAGUCACUUACGAAGAUGAAGCUGAUACAUUGGCUCUGGUUUUCCAACACGUCAAGCCGGAAGACGCUGGAUUGUACACUUGCGUGGCUGCUACUAGCAGCGGCAAGAUUUCAUGCAGCGCUGAGCUGACCGUCCAAGGAGCUGUCCAUCAUUUACUGAGGGAACCUGAACCACCCACCAUCACCAUGGGCCUGACGGAUACAGAAGUCAGCUGUGGAGGAUCAGCCAUGCUGGAACUCAAAUUCAAAGGGUUCCCCAAACCCAAAAUGGUGUGGACCAAAAGCAACGGGGAAGAAGUCAAGGCUGGUGGUCGUUUCCGUUUCCUAUUUGAGGAUGAAGAAACCAUCGCUCUUAUUAUCAAAAACGUUGAUCACAGCGAUGCUGGACUUUACACUGUGACUGCCACUAAUGACCUCGGUCAAGUGACGACAGAAGGCCGGCUGCUUGUCAAAGCACCUCCCAAGUUCAAGAAGAAGAUGCAGGAUAUGGCUUGCAUGACGGAUGAACCGUUUAAAAUGUCCGUCGAAGUCGAAGGAUCACCGUUACCUGAACUCAAGUGGUACAAGGAUGGCCAGAUGAUUAUCGAAUCUGAGCGAAUCAAAGUGGUAAAAGAGUCGGAAGACACGUUCUCUCUUCUAAUAGAGAAAGUCACCAUCGAAGAUAGCGGAUCCUACUCCGUUGUUGCUUCCAACUCCCUCGGUCAAAUGUCCGAAUUUUGGCAAAUGGUGGCCAACGCCCCGCCAGCCUUCAUCAAGCAGUUGCUCAAAACUUGCGAAGUGGACGAAAGCGAAUCCAUCACCUUCCAGGUGCAAGUGGAGGGCAAUCCCAUGCCGGAGGUCAAAUGGGUCAAGGAUGGCAGAGAGGUGAAAAACGACAGAAAUGCCGUCAUUAUAAAACAGGAAGGGAACGUCCAUUCCCUAACCGUCAAUGGAAUCAAAAGAGGCGAUUCUGGCAAAUAUGCGUGCGUCAUAACGAACACGCACGGCGCCAAAGAGGACACGUCCGACUUGAAAGUGCGAUGCAAACCCGAAAUUACUCAAUCGCUCAAGGAUACGGAGGCCAAAGCAGGUGACAAGGAUGUAUCCUUUGUCCUCAAAGCCGAUGCCUACCCUGAACCAAAAAUCAAAUGGUUCAUCGAUGAAAUGGAGAUCACAGAGGAGCGCAAGGAAUUUUCAUGCGACAGUGACCCCAAAACGGGAACUUACUCACUUGUGAUAAAAGAGAUGAAAUCUGAACUGUCGGGCAAGUUCACAGCUCAAGUAUCGAAUGCUCUUGGCACUGCCAAGAGUAGCGCUGUUCUCUCCGUCCAAUAUCCACCCAAAGUGGAGGAAACGUUGAAAGACAUUUGUAUCGAGGAAGGCAAAAGUGCAACGUUGAAAAUCAAGUGCGUCGGUCUUCCUGAACCCACAGUCACUUGGACUAAAGAGGGCGUCGAGGUGGUCGCUGACGCUCGCAUCAAAAUUCAAAAGGCUGCUGACUCAACCUACUCGCUGACAUUGGACAAGUGUGUCAUCCAGGAUCAAGGCCUUUACGGUGUUAAAUUUGCCAACGCCUUGGGUCAGGUCAGCGCCUCCUGCAACCUAAGUGUCGACGCCAAACCCAAGAUCCUGUCUGACAAUUUGACAGUCAAAGAAGUGUACGAGGAAGAAGAAAUAAUCUACGAAGUUCGUGCCAGUGGUCAGCCCAAACCGCAAGCUCAAUGGACACUGAAUAAUGAAACAAUAGUCAAAAGCGAACGGAUUGACAUCAGCGAAACGACCGACACAUACACGUUGAAAAUCAACAAGGCAGCAAUGACAGAUGGCGGAAAUUAUGCCAUUAAAUUAAGCAAUCGUCUCGGAGAGGAAACCAAGAAUACAUCCGUCACUGUUAAAUCCCUGGCUGAACUACGAGUUCCGAAGAUCUUACAGGGAUUGAGUGAUACCACUGCCAGCAAGGGUCAACAAUUAGAGUUGAAAGUACGCAUUCGUGGUCAACCGAAUCCCCAAGUUGAAUGGUUUAAGGAUGGCGAAGCGUUGAAAGACAACAAGGACUACAUUCUUUCUCAAGAUGAGGUGGAAAACACCUACACUCUUGUGUUGCCAGUAGCUCACGAGUCCCAUGCUGGAAAUUAUACUGUCAAAGCCAGCAAUGAACACGGCUUUGACGAGUCUAGUGCUACGUUGACUAUCGUGAUGAAACCAGAAUUGAUCCACGAGCCAGAAGUGAAGGUAGAAUAUUACGAGGAAACCAACAUCGAAGUUAAAGUCACCGCUCAUCCAAAGUCCAAAGUCAAAUGGCUUAAAGACGGAAUCCAGAUUAAAUCGACUACUAGCGAACGAAUUAGCAUCACAUGCGAGGAAGGAUCCAACGUAUACAAAUUGAGCAUCCAGGAGACAGUGGCGGAAGACGAAGGCACUUACAGCUUCGUGGCUACCAACAAAGAGGGAGAAACUCGUGGUGACAUCAAACUGUCAGUUCAUUCAGAGGCGCCAACUUUCUCGAACAAACCCAAAAGUUGUUUCGCUAAAGCCGGCCAAACUGCCAAGUUCGAAGGCUCGGUCCAGGGUAUACCCGCACCCACCAUUUCAUGGCAAAAGGCUGACGAAGUGUUAGUCGAGUCGGAGCGAUUCAAGAUGGAGAGCGCCGAGGAUGGAAAAUUCAGCCUAACGAUUUCUGAUGUUCAAGAGUCCGAUUAUGCCGAAUACACGGUCAAGGCAACCAGCGCUGUAGGUGAGGCCAGUACGGCAGCUGAAUUAACAAUGACCAGUGAACCACCAACUUUCCUGGGUGACAAACUACCGGUGGCUACCAAGGUGAACGAAGGAGAGCCGCUGAAACUUACGGUUAAAGUUGGCGGAAGUCCUUUGCCAGAAGUCAAAUGGUACAAGGAUGGCCAUGAGCUCAUUCCCGAUGAGAGGAUGAUCAUCACAUUGCUCCCGGAUGGAACUGCUGAACUGGAAAUCGCUUCAGCUGAUCCGGCCAAAGAUUCUGGGCAAUACAAGAUGGUGGCGGUGAAUCCUACUGGCGAAGUUAGCACUGAAACUGCCGUUGAUGUCAAGAAAUUGCCGAAGAAAGGCACAAUCGACGAAGCCCUUCCAUCUACUACAACAGCGGUUGAAGGGGAGCCUUUGAAGUUGGUGGCCCGCGUGUCUGGCCACCCAAAACCAGAGGUCAAAUGGCUGAAGGACGGACGACCUAUUCGCCCUGGCAGCAACAAUGCCAUUCUAUCCCAUCUUCCAGACGGAACGGUUUCUUUGGAAAUUGAAGUUGCUAAAUUGGAAGAUGCCGGAAAAUAUAGCCUGGUGGUGACGAACGAGUUGGGUGAAAGCGAAUGCGACACAGCCGUCGAAAUCCAACAAGCUCCAUCGGCUCCGCAGUUCGUCUCCCCUCUGUUCGCCGUCAAAGGAACUGAAGGCUUCCCUGUCCGAAUGGAAGCCAAAGUAAAGGGAUUCCCCUUCCCUGCCAUCACGUGGAUGAAGGAUGGCAAAAAACUGAAGCAUUUUACGGGCGAGGCUAGUAAGAAGCCUGAGCCGGAUGGUUCUGUCCGUCUUAGCAUCGCUUUAGCCGAUCCAUCAGACGCGGGUGAAUACACGGCUCUCGCUCGCAAUAGUUUUGGUGAAGUUAAAACGUCUGCCAAAAUGGAAGUUCGACCUCGCAAAUCAGAUGGACCAGAAGUGGCUGCUUCUGUCCUUACAGGGCCACGUGAUGCUUUCGUGGAUGAAGGAUCACCCAUCAAAUUAGUGGCUAUUAUCGGCGGUAAUCCCAUCCCUGAUGUCGUUUGGACCCUUAAUGACGAACCGGUUGAUGAGUCCCGUUGCUUGAUAACUGUCGAUGGUGACAAAAUCAUCUUGGAAGUAGAAAAGGCGGAUAAGAAAAUUGACGAAGGCGAAUACGAGAUCGGCGUAUCGAACGAGCUGGGAACGGCCGCGUCUAAAGCCAAAGUGACCGUCAAGAAAAUCUUUUCGGCUCCUUCGUUCACGCAAAGAUUCUCUGACCUUCAACAGCUUCCCGGCUACGACUGUAAGUUCAUGGCGAAAAUCAGUGGGUUGCCGAAGCCAACCAUCGUUUGGACCUUAAACGGUGAAGAGAUUGCCGAAUCCGAAAAAUACAAGAUGAAGCGAGAUGGCGACAUUUGUGUUUUGUUUGUUCGAGAUUGCGCUCCGGAACGGGCUGGUCGCUAUGCCUGCAUCGCCACUAAUUCAGAAGGUGAGGAUCGUUGUGAAGGUGAACUGGAAGUGGUCGACAAGAUUGAAAAGAAGGAAAAGGAAGAAGCUCCUCAUUUCCUAAAACGUAUCGGAGAUUGCGAAGUCUACGAAGGAAUGACCGCCAAGUUUACGGCUUGCGCUUCCGGAUUUCCGGAACCCGAACAUGAAUGGUUCCGAAACGGACAGAAGCUGUCUGCCGGAGGCCGCGUAAAGAUGGAUAAAGAGGGCAACGGCCUUCUGCGCCUUACCAUAAAAUUUGUGGAAGAAGCGGACGUUGGCCAGUAUUCGCUACGGGUAUUUAACCGUUCGGGCGAAGCUACGUGCUCAGCCGAACUUAGCUUCGACACGCUUGAAUGCCGCCCGAAGAAGCCAGUCGGCGACCAGUAUGCCGAUUUCGACAAGUUCCGCAACUCCGGAGCUCCCGUUCCUUUGCCGGACCGCCCCAUUAUUCAUUUGAUUCACGAUCGCUUCCUGACUCUUUCGUGGAAGCCAUCCGUGCCAAUCGGUCCACGCAUCCCCGUUACUUAUCACAUCGAAAUGUGCGAAUCGCCUGAUGGCGAUUGGCAAAAGGUUCGUUCAGGAAUCAAAGGUUGUUCCUGUGACAUCCGCAAUUUGGACCCGUACCGUGACUAUCGUUUCCGUAUCCGCGUCGAAAAUCAAUACGGUGUUUCAGAUCCAUCACCUCACAACUCGACCAACCGCGACAAACUCUACCUAGAGCCUAUUGCUCGGAAGCGUUUCCUGGAGCCUGGAGACACUUACAAUCCCGACUCUUCCUACUACUUCCCCAAAGAUUUCGAUCUUGAUCGCCCUCCCCACGAUGGUUACACUCAUGCUCCUCGUUUCCUGCGCCAGGAAACGGAUGCCCAAUAUGGAAUCAAGAAUCAAAGCGCUUCGCUUUUCUGGUACGUCUACGGUUAUCCUAAGCCGACGGUCAAAUUCUUCUUCAACGACGAGGCCAUUGAAAUGGGUGGCCGAUACGACUUUUCUUACUUGCGCAACGGUCAACUGACCCUAUUCGUCAACCGGAUGCUGGACAGAGACGCGGGCAUAUACGAAGCCGUUGCCACAAAUCCUUUCGGCGAGGCUAGGCAGCGUAUUAAGCUUGAAGUGGCCGAACAUCCGAGAUUCAUCACUCGACCAGAAGAGAACAUUUUUAUCACACGCAAACCGGGCCGUCUGCAGUGCCGUAUUACCGGCUAUCCGGAAUGCGAGGUCAAAUGGUACAAGGAUUGGCUUCCAGUAGCGCCUUCCAGCCGCAUAAAAAUGCAACACAUUCUCCCCGACACCUACAUCUUGGUCAUCGACGACGUCAUUAGCAAAGACGAAGGGCUCUACUCGGUUGUGGGUCGUAAUGUGGCCGGUGCCGUUUCGGCUUCUGCCAUGAUCCAUGUUGAGGACAACGAAGACGAGUUUGCCUAUCGGACCUAUCAUAGGGGAAGAAACGUUAAAGCGAAACAAGUCGAUAACAAUCGCAUCUUUGGUGACUAUUACGAUCUUGGUGACGAGCUGGGCCGUGGAACGCAGGGUGUGACUUAUCACAGCGUGGAGAGGUCCACUGGUCGCAGUUUGGCGGCCAAGAUUAUGACCGGAACUGGAUUCGAUUUACGUUCUCGUAUGAUGAGCGAAAUGGACGUAAUGAAUCAACUGAGUCACCAGCGUUUAGUCCGUCUUAUCGACGCCUACGAAACCAAAGAUUCGUUCACCCUCGUCUCCGAAUUGGCUGGAGGUGGUGAUCUUGUGGACGCCGUUACACGGCGACCUCACAUCACCGAAAGCGAAAUCGCCCAUUAUAUCCGCCAGGUGUUGGAAGGUCUUAGUCACAUGCACAGUCACGGAAUUGCUCAUCUGGGAUUGACUCCCGGCGAUCUGUUCCUCACUCGCCCAGACGGUGAUGAACUCAAGAUCGGCGAUUUUGGAUUGGCUCGUCGCAUCUACUCCAACAAAUUGACGCCACUUGACUACGGAAUGCCAGAGUUUGUUGCUCCUGAAACAGCCAAUGGCGAAGGAGUUGGUUUUCCAGCUGACAUGUGGUCAGUCGGUGUCAUUACCUACUUGUUCCUCUCUGGCAUCUCUCCAUUCCGUGGAGAAACGGACAGAGACACACUUCGCCGUGUCCAAGCCGGUCAGAUCAAUUUCGACCCGGAAGCCUUUAGCAAUAUCUCGAGCGAAGCCACUGAUUUUGUAACUAAACUGCUUGUCUUUAAAGCUGAUGGACGGCUCACGCUCGAAGAGGCGCUAAAACACCCAUGGCUGAAACAGGCAGAUCGACGAUUUGCAACCGAUGGUCCGGGUGCUCAUCAUAUCCCGACGGAAAGACUGAAGACAUACUACGAGCGCCACUAUCGCGAUUGGUACGGCAACGCUUCUUGCCGCACUUGGUAUAGACGCCGUCCACUCAGUGGAGCUUUCACGCAUCCAUCGUGCAUGGUGUAUCCUCCGGGCGAGGAAUACACUCCAAGGCAGACACCUGAACCACCUCGCCGUCCAUCUAUCAAGAACGAGAUGAAGAGCUUCGAGCAUCCUGGAAUCGACAGUGGUCUGUCAUCCAGUGAAAGCCACUAUCAGUAUGGGCCGGACACAUAUUUGCUGCAGUUACGUGACGUGGAUUUCCCAGUACGUUUGCGUCAGUACAUGAAGGUGGCGGGCAACAGAAGCGCUUCGUUCGCCAUGCGAAUGCAAGACAACGACUACGCCCUACCAAUGAUUUACGAACGACGUCGGUUCACAGACCUCAUGGACGAGCAGAUUGACGACGAAGCUCGCCGCGCUCGUCGCCAAUUCCGUUAUGCCAACGACACAGGCCCAUUGCAAUACUAUCAUCCGAAUCGUCGGCUCAAGAACGAGCUGGGCGUCCGUGACGAAGCCCACACUGAGGCUGAUGCCAUGCUGGAGAUGAAAAGAAACGGACACGUCCCAUUUAUGCGCGAGAAGCCGAGAACGUUGGCUAUGGUUGAAAACCAACCGGUACAAUUCUCUUGCAUGGCUGUUGGCGAACCCCAGCCGUCCGUCCAGUGGUUCAAGGGAGAUCUUCUUAUUCUUCCAGAUCAUCGGAUAACAAUUAGCUACAGCGCCGAUACGGGCGUCUCGAUCCUGAAAUUCGAGCCGGCCCACUCUUACGAUUGUGGUGUUUACAAAGCCGUUGCUAGAAACAAGGUCGGUCAAACGGUGGCCAAAGCUCGAUUGGUCAUGGGAGACAUUCCCAUGGCCCCAGAUAGCCCGGAAGCCACCGACAUCUCUGAUACCGAGAUUCUCUUGCGCUGGAAGGUGCCAAGACAAGAUGGCAACUCUACGGUUCUCUGUUAUAGUUUGCAGCAAAAGGAGUCUGCGAGCAACGAAUGGUCUGAUGUAGCAGACAACAUCGACCACGAAUUCUUCCUGGUGCGCAACCUAAGCCCCAGCACCGAGUAUCAAUUCCGGUUAGCGGCCCGUAACAAAUUUGGCUGGAGUGAUCGAAGCAUUAGCAGUGAAUCUGUAUCUACCAAAGAAGCAGACAGCCCUAAGGUUACUGUUACAAGAGCCAUGAAGUACCUUCAACAGUUGACUGAAUCUGGACAGCAAUUGUUUAUGGACGCUGCUGGACCCAUUGAUGCUUCUCCGGCAUCCGACUAUACUGUGGAGAUGGAAGAAAUGAAGAAGCCUGUGAAAACAACACCGCCCACAGAUGAUCUGAAAUUUAUCGCCGAAAUCAACCGCGGUCGAUUUUCGCUUAUCGCCAAAUGCGCCGACAAAGAAGGUAAUCGAAUGUACGCCGCCAAAAUCGUCAAGAAAGACGGAGACAGUUUGCAAGAAAUGAAUAUCUUGCGGGGUCUGUGUCACGAACGCAUCGUUUCCCUUUAUCAGGCUUACGAAAGUGGUGAAUUUCUCGUGUCUGUAAUGGAGAAGUUACAAGGUAUCGACGUCUUGACUUGCCUGUCGCAACGUCAUGAAUACACCGAAAACAUGGUAGUCUCUAUCAUAUCGCAAGUACUGGACGGGCUACAGUAUCUGCACUGGCGAGGAUUGAGCCAUCUUGAUUUGCAACCGGACAAUGUCCUACUCAUGUCAGCCCGCAGCAUCGAUGUCAAGUUGUGUGAUUUCGGUUGCGCACAACAUACCUCCAAAUUGGGUGGAACUAUGGCUCCUGUUGACCGCUCCUAUUUACCCUUUACGGCACCAGAGAUCCUGAACGAGGAGCCGGCUUUCCCACAGAGUGACAUCUGGUCUCUUGGUGUCCUGACAUACGUCCUCCUAUCCGGCGUUUCACCGUUCAGCGGCGAGAACGAUGAGGAAACAAAGCAAAAUAUCACGUACGUUCGUUUCCGGUUCGAACCACUCUACAAAGAGAUUAGUAUGGAAGCUACGCGUUUCAUAAUGCUAGUAUUUAAACGGGCGCCAAGCAAGCGACCAACAACGGAAGAAUGUCUAGAGCACCGCUGGUUCCAGCCAAGCGAACACAUGCUCAAGAAACGUGAGCGGGCCUCUUUCCUGGGCAACAGACUCAAAGCCUAUGCGGACGAGUACCAUCAGCAGAGAAGUCAACAAGCCACGAAAUGUGAAGAACUUCUUUCUUCGUUCGGAUUGGGUUUUGGUCGAUCUACCAGCUGCGAGACAGACAUCUUUACAACGUAUUAAAAACAGGAACUACUUCAAAAGAAAGAUCAUUUUGCCGAGGACGAUUCAAUUCUGAUUUUAAAUUAAAUUUUUUUUCACGCUCGUGUCACGUGAUGAUAUAACGGUAGUUUCACAACUUUUCUUUCACGGUCACCGCUUCUGACAAUUUUUACCGCCGAAAGAAUUCCCUGUGAAAAAGCAGCGGUCAUUUGCAGUACUAGUCUUUCACUUGGCCGACCGGAAACAAUGGGUCAUUCGACUUACGACAACUAUCAGUAUCAUUUAUUCAGCCAUAACUGUAAAGAGUUGAAAGAAAACUGACAAGACUCUGCCUAAGCAAUGAAUUUGUUAGAAACUGGUGACCAAUCAGAGAACCCCUUUAUUGG